UGUACUGAAAGGGUUUUAUUAAUUUAACACUACACAAUCCCUCUCUCACCUACUUUCUCUAUCCAUUGAUUGUGCCGAUCUCCACUCUGCCACCGUCCAUUUCCUCUGACGCCGAUCAACUCCUCCGUCUGAUAAUGUCUUCCGACCAAUCAUCUCCUCCGGCCGAGCAUCAGCAGAGUAUCUCAUGUGAAAAUGAUCGUACUGCAGAGUCUCCAGCCAAGAUGCUUCGACGAAUUCUGAGCUCACCAGGACUUCAACAGACCCCUGCUUGUUUUGAUGCUCUCAGUUCCAAGUUGGUGGAGAGAGCAGGCUUUAACGUUGGCUUUACUAGUGGGUUCUCAAUAUCAUCUGCUAGACUGGGAAUGCCAGAUACGGGACUUAUAUCUUAUGGAGAAAUUGUGGAACAGGGGAGACUUAUUACCGAUGCUGUGUCGAUUCCUGUAAUUGGGGAUGCUGAUACUGGAUAUGGCAAUGCCAUGAAUGUAAAAAGAACUGUCAAGGGAUAUAUUAAAGCUGGUUUUGCUGGGAUUAUGAUUGAAGAUCAGGUAUUACCAAAAGCCUGUGGUCAUACUCGAGGCAGGAAAGUGGUGUCGAGAGAGGAAGCAGUGAUGCGGAUAAAAGCAGCCGUUGAUGCUCGGGAGGAGAGUGGGUCUGACAUUGUUAUUGUGGCACGGAGUGAUGCUCGUCAAGCAGUGUCUUUUGAAGAAUCACUCUGGAGGACAAGGGCUUUUGCUGAUGCCGGAGCAGAUGUACUUUUCAUUGACGCACUAGCUUCAAUAGAAGAAAUGAAGGCUUUUUGUGAAACUGCUCCCCAAAUUCCUAAAUUGGCCAAUAUGCUUGAAGGAGGGGGCAAGACACCAAUACUUACUCCUUCUGAACUUGAGGAUAUUGGAUAUAAGCUUGUGGUCUAUCCACUUUCUUUACUCGGGGUUUCGAUUAAAGCAAUGCAGGAUGCACUCAUUGGUAUCAAAAAUGGCCAUGUUCCACCUCUUGGAACCAUGCCAUCUUUUGAAGAGAUAAAAGAGAUUGUCGGUUUUAAUCGGUAUUAUGAGGAGGAGAAACGUUAUGCUACUAGCAGCCUGCUGUCUUCACAAAGUUGUGAGUGAGAGACCUCAUUGUGUUUUUCUACUCAAAAAGCUCAUGGUAAGGCAAUCCUUCCAUCUAAACUGUUAAUGGAAUUGUCUUAACAUUGGCAUUGGCUUUGUCAUUGAUGGACAUGUACUAUUUUAUCUGUAUUAUGCAAAUUUUUAUCGUGAUAACUUAACUAUGGACCUCAUGGUUGGAAUAAGCAAGUGGCUAACUAGCUAUUUGAGGAGCUCCCUACUUUGCUUGGAUGAUUUUCCUUCUAUAAAACAAAGUAACACCGAGCUUUCAAAAGGAAUAGUGACUCUCUUUCUUUGAUUCAAUAAUGCAAUUAUGUAAUAAAAGUGGCAGUUUUAUAUUA